AUGUCAUCAGUGGACAGAGAAAAGUAUGAGAAUCUUCUCCGUUCUGUCCCAGUUUUGCGUGACUCUCUGGCACGAUGGCGUCGGCAAAAUGCACAUGCUCCGGAGAUGUUGCAGAAUGCUAUAGCGGUGUGGCAAGCUCGUUUAGCACCUUCUUUUCGCAAGACGUUUGUGGAGAACUUCUACGCAUCUCUGGACGCCUUGGAUGAACGCUUGCCUCCGGUGGAUCCUCGUGACACGCUUCGCAGUGAUGCUGGCUCGCACAUGGGGGAAGAUGCAGACAUGGAUGUCGCAGAGGAGGCUGCUGCGGCCGCUGGUGACUCAGAGGGUCGUGACUCAGAUGCCAGUUUAGACUCUUGGCAGAAGUGGGACAUGGAGUGGAAUGCGCAACGGGAUGAGACGCCUUCCCGAGAAAGUCUGCCUUACAGGGACUUCAUGGCAAGCACGUUGCCGGUCACUGCUGCUCCUGCUUCGUCCAUGAUUGAAACACCCAGACCGGUGGAAUCGGAGAGUGAGUCGCUGAGCCCUCCAGGUCCGUACGACUCGCCUCCUCACAGACGAAAGAAGAUUGAGCAUUGGGAUAGGCAUUCAGUUCCUGCAGUUCCUUUGCAGAAUUCUUUUUUGUCGCUGGCUGCAUCUUCUUCGGCAUGUUCGUCUACUCCCAUGGCCGUCUCUGUGCCCGAUCCGAUUGAAUCGUUCAGCGGUGAUGAAUCAGUACCACCUCCUCCAGUCCCAGUGGUUGACACGUCGGAGAGACAAUCUUUGGGGGAAAGGCUGCGUAGGAGCUUCAAAUGGGGAGCUUGUAGGGAUCACCCGUCUCGAUCGAUGCAACCCCAUGUUUUGGGACCCAAUUCGAAAAAUCCAGGCACUCUCAUUUUGUAUUGUUCCAUGUGGCGUAAGAAAGAUGCCGCUGGCAAGCCCCUAUGCUGGUUUUCUCGACCUUUUCCCCGCGAACGCUUUGCGGAGCUUGGUCAGUUGCAUAAAGAUAAAUAUCAAGAUCUCCAGUUAGCUUUGCGACGCAACUCCGUGCUUUUGAUAAUGCCCAAGAAACGAGUAAAGUUGGCCGAGAAGACGCCAAAAUUUUCCCUUAGAGCCAGUUGCCAGAAAAAUUCGGAACACCAUGACCUGGGCUUGACCUACUCCACAGCAGACAGAAGUGGCUCACAUGUGUUGCGUGACUUGAAACAAAUUUCGUAUCCGGAGCUCUGUGAAUGGGGUCCGAAGGUCUGCAAAACAUACCUGUGGGACCAUGGUGUCCUUUCUGCUGAUGUACCUUUGUGCUGGUAUUGUGGAGAAGACAUGAUUCGCACCGGGAGACGCAUGGACGAUGAGCUCAAGUGUGGCGGCACCAAUUGUUACGGACAUCCCGUCCUGCAGCGACCUGUGGAAGCUUUCACUCCCUUGCACAGCCAAGUUCGUCAAGGCGAGGAUGCUGACUACGUGAAUUUUUUACGUUGUUGUUACUGCAUCGGUAUUCGCACUCCUCCCGAUGCACUUCGACAUCUUUUGACUGGAGUGUCCAAAAACAGGUUGACGCGUUGGACACAGGACAUUAGACUGGCCUGUGCAGUGGCCGAGUACCAAGAUUCAUCCUCUUUCGAAUUUGGUGCUGGUGUGCUCGAAUUCGAUACCGCAACUGCAGUCGUUCGCCGCAACGCGUCAAAGCUGGAGAUGACCCAAGCUCGUCUGAAACGGUCCAAAGUGGAGAGAAAAGGUCUCCAGUCGGUAAAAAAAACAGUUCGCAAGAUGUUGCGAAAACGUCCUGCGAGCAAGUGUUCUUCCAAGAAGAUCUUCAAGGGGAGACAUAUCGUCUUCAAAUUGCGAACUGUUAAUGGUAUCGACAAAAGCAGGAAGUAUGCCAUCCUGCCUUUGCCUCCCAAAGCUGCUGAACGAGGACUGUUUCUUUAA